AUGGAUUCCGAAUUGCAUUCGCUGAACCUGCCACUCAACCUCAGGGCCGCCCCCUGGGAUCUGGUCCAAAGUCUCGCCGUAACUUUGGUAGUACUCUUUGGGACGUACCUUUUGGUCAGCGAGGUGAAUCGGGUUCGAGCCAGAUUGCCCAUCAAAGGCCCGACAGGACUGCCUAUAGUAGGCAACCUUCACCAGGUCUACCCUGACCCGGCCGAGCAGCUCCGGAAAUGGGGUGAAAAGUAUGGAGGAGUCUAUCAGAUCAUGUUUGGCAACAUGCCGAUUGUCGUCUUUACCUCCAUGCAGGCGGCCAAAGAUGUCUUUGUCGGCCAGGGAGGCGCUUUGAUUGACCGGCCUCGAUUCUACACUUUUCACAGCCAGCUAUCUCGUCUCGCUUCCACCAUUGGGACAACUCCUUGGAGUGAUUCCACCAAGAGACGUCGUAAAGCCGCCGCAAGUGCCAUGAACCGGUCCGCUGUGACGGCGUACACUCCGCUUAUCAACGAGACCUCGCGUGAUUGGAUCUCUGAGCUUCUUAAACACGGCGCAUCGGGCCAGAGUGCGAUCGAUCCCAAGCUACUGGUCCUCCACACCAUCCUCGACCUGACAAUGACGGUGAACUAUGGCCGCAGGUUGCCUCGGGAAGAGGGUCUAUUUGAGGAACUCCUGGAUGUUGAGGAACAAGUGUCAGGUUUCCGAUCGGUGGUCGGGGCUCUCCAGGACUAUGUGCCAUUGCUCAGAUGGAAUCCCGUCAAUGCGAAGUCCGCUCACGCGAAAAACACAAAUAUCAGGCGACUGGCGUACCUGAACCGAUUCAGUGACGAGCACAAGCAGCAGAUGAAGCUCGGGACCGACAAACCUUGCAUUCAAGGAAAUGUCCUGCGAGAUCCGGACCACAAGUUCACCGAAGUUGAGUUGAUGUCGAUCAAUAUGUCCAUGGUCUCGGGAGGCAUUGAUACCCUUGCCAACACCCUGAUCUGGACCAUCGGCACACUGGCCCGCCGUGGGGACAUCCAAGACACUGCAUACGCCAAGAUUCAAGAGGUGUACGACGCGGGUGACUGGGGAGACGGCCGGGAAGAAAAAGUACCGUACCUCUCUGCCAUGGUGAAGGAGAGCUUGCGCUUCUUCUCCGUCCUUCGUCUCUCAUUGCCACGAAGUGCGCUGAGGGACAUCCAAUACGGAGAUAUUUUUAUACCUCAGGGAACCACCGUUUUCCUCAACGCCUGGGGUUGCAAUCGUGAUGAGUCGUUCUUCGGGCCUGAUGUCAACCAGUACCGCCCAGAGCGCUGGAUGGAGGGAGCAGAGACAGACUUGCGUCUUGACCACGCCGCAUUUGGCAUGGGUACACGGAUGUGCGCAGGCAAUCAGUUGGCCAGUCGUCAGCUAUACAUCAUGCUGUUACGUCUGAUCUGGUCUUUCAAGAUCGAACUCAGCAAGGACGUGGCCGACAACAAAUGGAGAGUUGACCCUCUGCAGGACUCGAUCGAGCCUGACCAAUUCGCGGCACGACCACCUGCGUACAAAGUGAGAUUUGUACCCCGCGAUCCGCUUGCUCUAGACAAGAUUCUGAGCAGCCAAUAA